AAAAACUAGGAGAGUGGGGUGCGGUGGCUGCUGGGAAAUCAGCCUCAGUGUUUAUUUCGGUCUGGCAAGGAAGCGCCGUAUAUUUGGUACCGCUGGAAAAAUGUCCUCCGUCAGUCCAGACCGGGAAUCGAUCGGCGGUCAGGGCCGAAGUGCGCUCGAGCCGCAGACCGUGUUUGUCAUCCUGGACUCGGCCGAAAGUCUCAACGUGCUUCGAGUGGAGUCUGGCAUCGUCGCCGACAUUGAGGUGGACGCCCUGCUGCCAUCAGACUACGACACCUUCUACCAGAUCAAGAGUCAGCCCAUCCGCAGCAGCACUUCAGUGAAUGCCUCCUCUUCCUCCUCCUUGUCAUCCCCAUCAUCUGUGCCGGUGGCCAUGUCCUCCAGGGUCCUAUUGCGUCAGGAUCUUAUGCGUCAGCAGGCUCUUGAGGAGCAACAAAAGGAAGCACAGCAGCAGCUUCUGCGGUUGCCCGCCGGCUCGGUGUCGUCCCCCGUCUGCGUCAGUGCGUCCCCCUGCGCACCUCCAGCUCAGGUUCCAGUAGAGGUGCUCAAGGUGCAAACCCACUUGGAAAACCCUACGCGGUACCACAUCCAGCAGGCCCAGAAACAACAGGUACGGCAGUACCUUUCCUCCGCCGUCAGACCUGCUAGCCGCAACGCUUCUGGACCAUCAUCGGGCUCCUCCCUCAACAGCCGGCAUGCUGUCAGCAGCCCCAAAAUGGAGAUGGAGGAGACUGUCAUUGAUGACAUCAUCAGUCUGGAGUCCAGCCUCAGUGACGACUUCCUGACGCUGCUCGACUCGCGGGAGCAGGUUGCCACAACGCUGCCGACGGCGGCGGGAAACAUGCCAGACGUCUUUGAGGAGAGCGGCGGGAAGGUCACGCCCGUCGCAAUAAGCAACAGUUGCCCAGCUGACCUGCUCACCGUCAAGCGAGAGCUGAACAAUGUGGAGACGAAAGCGCUGAUGAAGGAACGACAGAAGAAAGACAAUCACAACCUGAUUGAGAGACGACGACGCUUCAACAUCAACGACCGCAUCAAAGAAUUGGGUGCACUCGUUCCCAAGACGCCCGACCCGGAUGCCAGGUGGAACAAAGGAAGCAUCCUGAAGGCUUCGGUGGAUUACAUCCGAAGACUUCAGAAGGAACAACAACGAGCUCGUGACAUGGAAGAAAGACAUAAGAGACUGGAACACACCAACAGAACUCUGAUGCUGCGCAUACAGGAGUUGGAGCUUCAGGCGAGCCUCCACGGUGUUCCUUUUUCCUGUGGUGAUGGCACUCCGAGCGACCCGCAGGCCUUCCUCUCUUCUGUGACGCCAUUGUCGCACACGCUGGGCUUGGCAGAGUUGAACGAGCUGAAGGGAAGUGGCGACGACACUUUCUCCUCUGACUUGAUGAACGAUGCGGGGCUGGCAACGCUGGAGGACUUUGGAGAUAUCUUGAUGGAGGAUGGCGGCCUGAUGUCACCUGCGGCCGGUGCCGACCCCAUGUUGUCAUGUGGGGCAUCCCGUUGCAGCAGCAGGGGAAGCAGCAUGGAUGAUGACCUCUGACCAUUUCAUCUGACACUUUGGUAACCAUGCCACCAUCCCUCUUACAUGGUAAUUGUAACCUCAUCGUCUCCAAUACGCCAUGGUAACCACACCAUUCUCUCUGUCACCAUGGUAACCACAUCAGUCUUCUCUGCCACCCCCUCUGUCACUAUGCAAACAUGUCACCGCACAUUUUUCACCAUGGUAACAUGACAUUCCACCUGUCACCAUGGUAACCAUACUAUAACUAUCGAUAACAGUGGUUCUUAACCUUGUUGAAAGUACCGAACCCCACCAGUUUCAUAUACGUAGAGGCUCUGCCGAACUCCUGAGACCAACUCACCGAACGUCUAGGGUUCCAUCAAACCCAGGUUAAGAACCACUGAUCUGUAACCAUGGCAACCACAUCACCCCCUUAUCAUCAUGGUAACCACACCAACCUCUGUCAUCAUGAUAACCAUACUAUAAAUUUUGACAACACGGUAACUAUGUCAUUACCACUCUGUGCCCUUGGUAACGAUAUUAUCACUGUACUGGUCCCUACAACACGCUCCCUCUGCCACCAUGCUAAUCAUGCUACUCUUGCUCUCUUUCAACUUGGUAACCAUGUCAUCACUCUGUUGUCUCCAUGAUCGCCAUGCUAUCACACGAUGUCUCCGCAGUAAUCCUGUCAUUCUCUCUAUCAACUUUGCAUCCAUACUUUUUUCCCCUCUUGGUAACCAUGGUAACCACGCCAUCAUCUAUCUCUCUGACUUAUCAGCUCCCACUUAGAGGUCAGUGCCAUAAGAAAUUGAAAAAUGUUUUUUUUAAUAAUAUAUAUAAUUGCAUAUAUAAUUUUUUAAAAUAAUUUUCUAAUUAGUGGACUUCCGUGGUCAUGUGAGAAAAGGAAUGUUGGACGUGUUAGUUUUCUGAUUGACAGGCACUCAGUCCAAGAAUGUAGCCAAUCUGAGAAUGCAACUCCAAAUAGAUCUUGUGUAACUCAGUUGAUCUAUUUUUUAUUUUUUUUUGUUUACCAUUCUGUCGAUGGUACAAGCGUUUUGGGGACCAAAUGCCCACAUUUGUGUUGUCACAUUUUAGGUGUGUACUCUGCUCAUUAUAGUAGGCAACCAUCAGCAGUAAGUUGUCAGAGAGAAACCCGUGCUAGCAUGUGCUAAUGCUAUCCAGCUGCUAAGAAACAGGUCCAUUAGCAUUGCCCCGUUGAGCGGUUAGAACUAUUCAUGAAUAUUUUUUGUUUGUUGUUGUUUUCUUUUUAAUACUGAAAAUGAUCUGCUUACUAUAGCAACUGACGCUUUGCUGUCAGGAUCAUAAAGGGAGUCGUCUUAAUUGUUGUUUACAAUCAUGUAACAUUGUAUCAUAUCUGUAUUUAGAAACUUUAUAUGGAAAUAAAAUGAGAAAAAUAGUAUUUUUUCCAAAA